AUGGUCCGAUUUGCGGCCUUCUCCGCGCUCGCGCUGGCCGCAUCAACGGUCACGGCCACCUCAAGUGCCGACAGUAGCUGCAUCGGCGUCAACGCCGUCAGCUCCACGUGCAGACCCUCAGAGACGUUGCACAGUCGAGAAUUCCUCUACGUCGGGGGCCAAAGCGCACCAGACCCCACGGGCAACAUCACCAUCGGCCAGCUCUACGUCGGGAAGCUCACCCCCAUCCUCACGCUUCGCUCUACCCCCUUGGUCUUCAUCCACGGCGGCGGUGGGCAACCUACUUCCUUGAAGCAAGGCUACCAGGUCUACCUCGUCGAUGCCAACAGCAUCGGCCGAUCCACAGCCAACAACGCAGCCAACAACGCAGCCAACUUCACCAUGGCAGUGGGCAUGUUGGCCGAGUUUGUCGAGAUGGGCUUCACCGGCGUCAAGAACUACAACACCUACCCUCAGUCCCAGCUUCACACCCAAUGGCCCGGUACGGGCAUGCGCGGCGAUCCCUACUUUGACCAGUUCCAACAGAGCUUCAUCCCAUAUACAACCAGCCAAGUCUCCCAAGAGUUGGCCAUGCGCGCCGCUGAGUGUGAGCUCCUCUCCCUCAUUGGCGCUCAGUCCUACCUGGUCUCUCACUCGCUGGGCUCUAAGUUCGCCGUCGGCCUCUCCAAUGACUGUCCUCAGCAUCUCGCUGGGAGCAUCAAUGUCGAGCCCUCUACGAUCCCCUUCCGCGCGUACGGUUAUGGUCUGACCAGCAGCGCGGCUAAUCCCUGGGGUCUGACCAAUACCCCCGUCGACUACGAGCCGGCGGUUUCCAGCGCCGCGGAACUCAACGCCACGGUCGAGUCUGUAGGUAAGCCGUCGUUGGCUCAUCGUAAUUGCUACCUGCAAAAGGAACCUGUCCGAAAACUUCCAAAGAUCGCCAGCGUCCCCUACCUGGCCUUGACCGGAGAGGCCAGUGUCCACAUUACCUACGAUCACUGUAUCAUCGACUAUCUGAAGCAGGUGGGAGGCCAACCGGAGUGGAUCAAGCUUAGUGAGAUUGGGAUCAAGGGCAAUGGCCACUUCAUGCACCUCGAAAAGAACAACCUCGACAUCGCUCCCUUGGUCCACAAAUGGAUCAAGAAGCGGCAGCAAUGGUGGUGGUGGUGGUAG